AUGGAUGCCAACGAGUCAGUUGACUGUUCAAUGGCACUUAUUGACUGGAGUACUCCUGAAAUAGUGAAAAAUAAAACUUACGAUGGGAAUUGUAUUAAUAACCCGUUUGAUAUAUUGGAGUUGCAAGCAGCCAAUAUGGAUCCUUUUGAUUUAGUCCCUAAGCAAACUCCAUUAAGAGGAGAUCCACCGUGUGGUAACAUAUUGAGUCCUCUGUGGGAAUCAAAAGUCGGCAGGCGAAUGCACAAAAGUGUAUCAUUAACAGACAUUCAUGGUAUUGUAAAACUUUUGGAACAAAACUACAUAGAACACGACCAAGAUGAUUUUGUGAAGAACGAAUCAAAAGAUAAUUAUGCCUCACCUGAAUGUAUUAGCACAAAAACUAUCGAUCAGUCAAUAGAAAAUAAUGUCUUAGUUCAUAUGGGUGAAAACAAAAUAGAAAAUCAAGAGCCACCAAUCAAAUUGGUUUUUAUACCAGAUCAGAAUGAGGUGGAUAUAGAAAAAAAUUCUUAUUGUAACGAACAAGAAAAAAAACAAAUUAGAGAGCAAACACGGCAACGAAUUGAAAAUCUUAUUGAGAAAGAGAAAAAAAAUUAUGAAGAAAGUUAUUCUAGAAAGUCAUUAUUUUGUACACCAAAGCGUAGUAACACAGAGUCAAAUUUAAUUAAAAAUCUAAAUUCAAGUGUGUUAAAUAGAGGAUUCAUAGGGAGUUUUAAUAUAAAUUCAAAUAGUAUUAAUAAAACACCUGAUAAUAUUAUUGAUAUAAAUGAAAACAUAACGUCAAAUGAUAGUUUGGCAUUUCCAUUCCAUGAACUAAACUCGUUUGAUCUUAAUUCUUUGAAACCUGAAUGGGUGGUGGAUAACUUCAGCGAUAGUGAUGGACCUAGUGAGGAACCUAGUGAGGAACCUAGUGAGGAACCUAGUGAGGAACCUAGUGAGGAACCUAGUGAGGAACCUAGUGAGGUUUCAUCGGUAAAUUUUGUAACAGAAAUUAGACCGACUGAAAAUAAUCAUCAAGUUGAUGUCAAGUUGAAAACUCUUAGUCGUCUAGGAAUUGUUGAAUCAAAACCAAUUGGAAGUCAAACUGUUUUGAAGUCCAUGCCAAAUAAAAGAAUCCAAAUGAAAGGUCCAUUUAUAGCCAAUGUCCCGAUUAAACACAUGGUGCACAAUUUCAAGGAUGUAGAAAUGAAAGAUGUCAGUCAUGGUUCUGUUAGUCCACGUAAAAUGAAGCCUAUAGCUUCUUCUACACCAACAACAUCAGAUAUUGUUACUACAGCUAAAACUCCUUCAACUGCCGAGUCUUCUAUUAAAUCAAGGACUAGUUUAUCACGCCGAUCAAUGCCCAAUUCUGCAAGUCCAGGAACACCAUUAAAUGUUACAAAGUGUAUAAAAAAGAAUUCAACUAAUACUACAAUUGUUUUGUUUGGCAAAGCUAAUGAAAGAAAUACUGAAAUAUUACGAUCGUUUAAAUUAAACAAAUCAAAAUCCGAAAGUAAAAUUGCGAUGAUCUCUAAACCUAAUGUAAUGAAUACAACUAAAAUAAGUGGCUUGCCAGUUUCAAAACGGUUUACCAUGUCAUUCAAAGGGAAAGAAAAUGUACAAUCUCAGUAA